CGGCUUCCUUGCUUGUGCGCAGGAGGGAAGCAGCGGGGAAGCCCCCGCCCAGCAGCCCAGCCGUCCACCUGGGGGCAGCCUCGGCCCGAGCGAGCAGCUGCGCCCGGCUAGCGCAUUCGGUAGAGCAUGGGACUCUUAAUCCCAGGGUCGUGGGUUCCACGUUGGGCGCGCAGCGGUGGAGCUUUUGCUGGCGGACCGAGGCCCCUCCACGGGGGAAGGCAGGGGCGCCCGCGAGAGUGUUCCGGAGAGACCCGAAAAGGCCAGGAUCUGAGAGGAGCCCCCCCCCCCACACACAUCAGCAGGGGGAAAAGAAAUUGCAGGGGUGAGAGAGUGCUGUGUUUCCAUGGACCUCUUCUCUAUGAAGCAAAGUGUGUAAAGGUUGCCAUAAAGGACAAACAAGUGAAAUACUUCAUACAUUACAGUGGUUGGAAUAAGAACUGGGAUGAAUGGGUUCCCGAGAGCAGAGUACUCAAAUACGUCGACACCAAUCUGCAGAAGCAGAAAGAACUUCAAAAGGCUAACCAGGAGCAGUAUGCAGAAGGGAAGAUGAGAGGGGCUGCUCCAGGCAAGAAAACGUCCGGUCUCCAGCAGAAAAAUGUUGAAGUAUUUUUCAGACGAGAUGGAGCCCACACAGUUUGCAGUUUGGAGACCCCCACCAUAUCGACGCGGAAAACCAAAAAGAACAAACAGAAAACGCCUGGGAUUGGUGAAGGCGGCAGCACCAGCGAAAACCCUCAGCCUCCCAGGAAGAAAAGGGCUCGAGUAGAUCCCACCGUGGAAAGUGAGGAAACAUUUAUGAACAGAGUUGAAGUCAAGGUAAAAAUACCAGAAGAGCUGAAACCAUGGCUUGUAGACGACUGGGACUUGAUCACCCGGCAAAAGCAGCUCUUCUAUCUUCCUGCCAAGAAGAAUGUUGACUCCAUUUUGGAGGACUACGCAAACUACAAGAAAUCGAGAGGAAACACCGAUAACAAAGAAUAUGCGGUCAAUGAAGUUGUGGCAGGCAUCAAAGAGUACUUCAAUGUAAUGUUGGGAACUCAACUCCUGUACAAAUUUGAGAGGCCGCAGUAUGCCGAAAUUCUGGCAGACCACCCUGACGCCCCCAUGUCGCAGGUGUAUGGAGCUCCGCACCUCCUGCGGUUAUUUGUCCGGAUCGGAGCAAUGCUUGCUUACACGCCUCUUGACGAGAAGAGCCUGGCCUUGCUGCUGAACUACUUGCACGACUUCCUGAAGUAUCUUGCAAAGAACUCUUCCACACUGUUCAGUGCCAGUGACUACGAGGUCGCCCCUCCAGAGUAUCACCGGAAAGCCGUGUAAGCCUCUCGCUAACGGGGGUGUGUGCGUUUGCGAGUGUCACUGGAAGGGAUCCUUGGAUUGCUGCCGCUGUCCCACUUGGUUCCAGCUCUCUCCAUGGCCCCCCCAUCUCUCUCUCUCUCUCUCUCUCUCUCUCUCUCUCUGCGCAGCUGAUAUGAGUAUUGAGUGAAGAGUAUUUGUGUCUCCAGACGGAACUGGCCCACCCAAGUCCUAAGGGGUUUUCUUCUGCUUUGAAAUGGAUCUCUUUCCCAAGGAGAACCUUCUGGAGUCCUUCAUUGCAUCGGUUUGGUGUUUGAGAUGUCAGCGGAAACGGAACAAACAUUUCGUAGUCUGAGCUCCUGCAUGCUUCUAGGUUCAGUGUUCUUGAAACCCAGUGCUACCUGGAUGAAGACGACGAUGACGUCAUCAUCGGGUCAAGCAUUGACAUUCCCCUCUGCCCCCCGGAAACCUUUUACUGCCAACCAGCAGGGGAGGACCGGACACAGAUGAGUACCUGCUGCGGGGGGUGGGGGUGGGGCGGGGUGUCCUGUCUCCUUCCUUGGUGUCGGGAGGGUAACAUACGUGUGUGUGUGUGUGUGUGCUGGUCGAUGUGUUCUUUGCCUACAUAGUUGAAGAAUUGUGGGGUUGUGUUUCAUCUGUCAGGUUUGGAUGCACCUUCUAACAUAGGAUAAACUCACCAUUGUCUCUCUCGCAUUUCCUGAAAUGUUGUUCUUUGGAGGGGGUGUUUAUGGAUCCCCAAAUAAACUUUUCUAUUUCAA